AUGGGGUGGGAGACGCUGGCACGAACGUCGUGGAACCAAACACUCCUCAUCCGAGCUCGGAAGGUCCUCCAAUCCACCGGAGGAGCGGUUCCUGAAUUGUUCCUGAAUAAUUGUUACUCUCUUGCCAGGGUCUUUGGUGCCUAUCUUCCUGAGGAGCAGCUCUUGGAGGCCAUGUGCUUCCUGGCCAGCGAUCUGGUUGUCGAGAGCAGCUUCAACCCCUUGGACAUCUCCCACUUGCUGCAAGAGUUCAUCAAGCAGUUUAGCGGCACAAAAGUGGAGGUGGAGGUGCUGCUGGAGGCCUUCUAUAAGAUCACCCAGGGGCCUACAGUGCAGGGCAGAAACAUGGCCGCCUUUGCUUUGUCCAUCAUGCCACACCAACACCUGGCGAAAGUGGUUGCAUACCUCCUCCAGUUUCCCUUCAGAGACUGCGAGAGAGUAUGGAAGGAGGUUUUGGCAUCGGCCGACCAAGAACAACUGCUCCAUCUCAUGGCCGAGCAGCUUUACCAAAGCCCCUUGGCGGAAUCUGCCACCCAAGUGCAACAUCUCAGCAGCCUGUUGCACGCCACCCUCAGGAUGGAGGUAUACAAGGCAGCUGUGCGCCGGAACUUCCCGCAGCUGCUGAUCGCUCUCCUGGGGAUGGUAGUCAACUUCCACUACGACCAGGAAUUCCUCGGAGGGGCUAAAGAAGUUCUGCACCUCCUUCUCGGCACCACUGGAGAGCAAGUAGAGGCGGCCAUCAUCGACCAACUUUUCUGCCGGGAGAAUUUCAGCCAGGGGUUGUCUGCCAUGGUGAGAGCUGUCGGAAAGCGACACUGGUGGAUCCCUCCCAUGGUGGAAAACAUCACCGCUGCUCUCGAGGACCAGGAGUUUGCCGGAAUGCCACAAGUAGCGGCAGCUAUCUACAUCGAGCUGCUCAGCUGCCGUCUGCAGGUCUAUCCCUGUGAGGAUACACUGGAGCAGCUCCUCACCUGGCUGGCACAUGACCACCUGCAAGUCCGGAAGCUCAGCGUCAGAGGGAUAUCCCUGCUUCUGGACUCUGACAUGGACCCUUCGCUUCUGCGGCUGUCGCUGCUGGAUUUCCUCCCUGAUGCAGAAGCUGAUGUCUUCCCAGAGUUGAUAGAGCUGGUAGACCAAGCCUACCUGUCCAGGGAGCUGGGAGAGGAAGACCUGAAGAUGCUGGCGGCAACCUACUGCGGUCUGGCUGCCCAUGAGGAAGCCUCUGCCCGGGCAUCAGCCAUCCAACAUCUGGGGCUGCUUCGGGGCUGGGUGAGAGACCAAGGGCUUCCCAUAACAACACCAGAAGAAGCAGCCAUUAAUGAACUGGUCGUCGUCCUCAUUCACCUCGAAGACGAGGACGAGGUGGCCAAGGCCGCAAGGAGGGCUCUUUCCCAUCUAGCCCCACAAGUCAAGUGGUGGGCGCAUCCCGAGAAAUUUAGCCUCCACUUUGCUCUCCACCAGGCUGCCAAGCAUCUGAGCAAGACCUUCAGCAAGAACAUCCUUCGGAGUGCUGCCUUGACAUGUACGAAGCCGCCUGCCAACAGGCUGCCAGCAGUCUCCAGGGUGGCAGCCCUGCUUCUGGGUCAUCUGGCUUUCCGGGAUGCCAGUUUCAUCCACAGUGAAGACAUGGCAUCCUACGGUACAUGGCUGGAAGAGAUGCAGCAGCACGAGGAAGAAGGGCUCAGGCGGACAGGGAGGAGCUGCCUGAACAUCAUGCAGCGGGCCUGUAAACAUCGGCAGAAAGGCAGGGUCCAGCGCCUUGUGAGGAGGCUGCUCCGCUGUGUUCACAGGGAACCUUACCCGCAGGACUUCCUGAGCUGCAUGCCAGAACGUCCGAAGUCGCGCCAGGCCAAGGCAACGUGAACAUCAGCGUUGUGCUGCAGAGAUACCAUCUUCUGCUCUCCGUGGGAUCCACUCUGGACCAGCGCCAGGAACAUCAAGGCCAUCAGGAUCGACCAAGAGGAGUGGUGCUGCCCUCACGACCCUCCAUACAUAGCGGUAAGAAACCUUUUGUUGUUGUUGUGGCUUUAUGGAGCUCCCCCAGUCGCUGGUGUAGGCCCAGGGUCCGGUUCCUUGCUCUCUGCCAUCCUCUUGAGUGGCAACCCCCCAGCAGCAACUUUCUUCCAUUUCUUUGUUUGGGGUGGGCAACAAGAGGGUCUAACAUUCAUGAGAUUUAGUACCCUUUCUAACAGAAUCUCUUUUCUCUCUUUCUUGCAUGAACGGCGGCCUAUCUGCUGGAACCUGGGAGAAGACGUCCGGAGAAAAGAAGACCCCUGCAAGAAUGUCAUCAGCCGGGAAAGGAGCCGCCGGGAAGACGACAUCGGCAACAUAGUGAAUUUGAGGACUGGACACUUUCUAUUGACUCUUUCAGCACUCUAAACAGCAAGCGGGACUUUUAUCAGUUAGAGAGGUUAAAAUGGAUGUAUAGAAUAGGAUAGGCAAAAUAGGGAGCAUUCAAGGGUAGAUAACACUAUACUAGAUAGCAUUUUGUAUAUUAUUUUUGUCUUUAUAGUUGUAAUUCUUUUAAUAAAAAUAUAUUUUUUAAAAAGGGUAAA